CAAAUCUAGUCUUAUCAUUGUAAUUGAUAAAUAAAAUUUUUCUAUUUGAUGAAUGAACUUCAGUAGUUUAGUUUUUCUGAUUUGUAAAUAUGAGGUUAUUACCUACAGUAGCUACUUGUAUCCUUAAAAAUGUUAACCGUACAUUUUGUGCAGCCAAGAAAUUACAUUGUGUCACACAUGUCAUUUUUGAUAUGGAUGGUGUGCUCUUAGAUACUGAAAAAUUACACAAACAAUCCGUAACGGAAGUAGUAGGUAAAUUUGGCAAAACCUACAACUUGGACCUGCGUUACAGAGUUUUAGGUGCCCCUGAAUUGGAUGGUGCUAAGAUGGUUGUAAAUGAAUUAAAAUUGCCUAUAUCGAUCGAAGAGUAUAUAAACAUGGUUCGUGAGUUUGAAAGUAAAGUUAUGUCUGAUGUUGAUGUACUACCAGGUGUAGAACGGCUCAUUCGACAUUUACACAAAAAUAAUGUACCAUUUGCAAUAGCGACCAGCAGUGGUAAAAAAAGUUAUGAUUACAAGACUUCUAAACAUAGAUCAUUAUUCUCACUUUUUAACCAUGUGGUUAAUGGUGCAACUGAUCCGGAAGUAAAAAAUGGCAAACCAGCACCAGAUAUAUUUCUAACGUGUGCAUCUAGAUUUCCCGAUAAGCCUCCUAUGAAUAAAUGUUUAGUAUUUGAAGACUCUCCAAAUGGAGUACGAGGAGCUAAAGAUGCAGGUAUGCAGGUAGUUAUGUUACCAGAUCCUUUAUUGCCGAAACAUUUGUGUGCUGAAGCAUCAGUAAUAUUGAAUAGUAUGGAAGAUUUCAUUCCAGAGGCAUUUGGUUUGCCACCAUUUAAUUAACAAAUUAUUUAUUCAUUUUCACUGUUAUUGACUACAUAUUUGAUAGGUAUUUCCUCCUUUUAGUUAAUUGAGAUUGAUAGUUAAUAUUUAUAAGAAAUUUUAAAAAAAAUAUGUCAUUAGUUUUAUACUUAAAAAGUAUAUUUUUACUUACAGUUUUUCAGUUUAUUUCCUAACAAUAUUUCCAUAUAUUAAAAAUAAAAAAAGUAUAUUAAGUUA